AUGCAGCGAUCCAACAGCUUGUCCGAGCUGCGCCACGGCGUGUUCUCGUCCAAGAAGCUCGUCCGCAUGCUCUCUCCACCCAAAAUCUCGCCCCUCUCGCGCAUCAUCCUAUCGCUCACUGCCAUCAGCGGCGUGACGGUGCUCAACUCUUUCCUGGGAGGAGCGCUGACGGUGGCAUUGCCCUCCAUUGCAAAAUCGAUCGGUCUCUCGCAAGAGUUGCUCUCGUGGCCACUCUCCAUGUUCUCGCUCGUGAGCGGUGCGUUGCUGCUCAUCGCCGGCGCCAUGGCUGACGCUUUCGGGCGGAGACGUGUCUUCCUCUUGGGCGUCGCCGUCUUUGCGGCAGUCUCGAUCACCACCUCCUUCAUGCAAUCUGGAACGGGCCUGAUCGGAUGCUGUGCUGGCUUGGGUCUGGCCGCCGCCAUGCUCAUCCCUGCGGGAGUGGGCAUCCUUGGCAGCUCGAUCCCGGAAGGUCCCAUCAAGAACCGUAGCUUUGCACUCAUCGGCGCUGCCCAGCCCAUCGGCUUCAUCCUGGGUCUCAUUCUCGGUGGUCUGCUUGCGAAUAACUGGCGCAUCAUCUUCUGGAUCCUGGGCGCUUUCGCCAUCGGUCUCGGAGCGUGUGCGUACGUGUCGCUGCCAAACGAGGGCGAGGAGCUCAUUCCAACUGCCGCAAACUCGCGUGCCAGCUCGGUCCUCCAUCUGCCCACCAAUGCGGCUGCAGUUUCGGUCGAAGGACGCGCCUCCACCACGUCGGUACCGCACAAUCUGGACGAGCUUUCUGCGUCCGCGGGCUUAGCUGGUGCCAGCGACAGCACCAGCCGCUCGAUGCGACUCAAGACCUUCGACUGGUUUGGCGCAUUCAUGUCCACCAGUGGCCUGGUCAUGCUGACGUUUGCACUUGCCGAUGCCGAGUCGGCGCCGCACGGCUGGAAGACCUCGUACGUGCUGGCGCUGCUUCCGACAUCCGUGUCGCUGCUUGCGGCCUUCAUCUCCUGGGAGCGAUAUCUCGAACGCAGGCAGCGCACCUACGAGACGGGCGCGUCUGUUGCAGCCACCAAUCAUCAAACGCGCAACGCAACGUUCUUCAAGGCACCACCCACCACGCCGCUGCUGCCGCCGGCCAUCUGGCGAGCGCCGCGCUUUGGAGCGGUACUGCUGGUCAUCUUCCUCGCCUGGCUGUCGUUCAACGUGAUGUCCUACCUCAGCACUUUGGUGUUCCAGGAGGUGCAGCAUGUUUCGGCCACCAAGACCUCGCUCUUCUUCCUUCCCAUGGUCGGCAUGGGUCUGGCGCUCAACGUGCUGGCUGGUGCUGUCGUCGGAAGGGUCCCCGCCGUCUGGCUUAUCGUGGGAGGUGCUACCGCUGGUGCAGCUGCUUGUCUCAUUCUGUCUCUGGCCGUUGAACCCAGCACGCCGUACUACAAAGCCAUGCUUUACGUCCUCAUCCUCCAGGUCGGUCCGGAUGUCUUCUUCCCCGCGGGCUCUCUGUACAGCUCCAAGUCCGUUGGACGACAGCAUCAGGCACUUGCGGGAUCGUUGUUCAACACCACUAUCCGUGUAGCGACAUCGCUGGGUCUGGCCAUCUCUUCGACCAUCUCAACUUCGGUCACCAAGGCUGCCGUGUCCAGUGCCAAGAGUCAUACGACGCUUCUGCUGUCGCGAGGUCUUUCACUGCAUCCGUCGAUGCUGCUGACCGGAUCUUCGCUCGUCAAGCGCGCGGGUGGUGCAGCGGUGGAUGCAGGUAGCAGCGAAACGGUACCAGUCGAAGCACUGCUUAAGGGAUACAAGGCUGCGUCUUGGUUCUGCUUUGCCUGUUCUGUGCUGUCGAUCAUCGUCGCCUUGGCAAGACUCAGGUCCAUCGGCAUCGUCGGCGGAAUGGAGGGCAAGUCAGAGGACAGCUCGGUCAAUCCUACACGUCCCAACUCGCCACAGCUCCCUCAAGACGAUAGCGCGUACGAGCUCAAGACGAUGGUAGAGCCGCGCGACCGCAAGGCCUCUACCUCGGCCCUUCCCCGUCGCUAG